CGCGUGGAGCUGUCCCGGGCAGGGACUCCCAGUUGGUCUCUUUCAACUCACCCCCCUUCUGCUGUCCCCUGAGCCCACCUCUUCUGCUAUUCUCCCUUAAACUUCACUCAGUCAGCGUCCUGUUUGCCUUUGAAGAGGCUCUGAUCUGAUUCCCCCAUCUUUUGACACUUGAGAGAAGAGUGAAGGAAAGUCUUGUAGGUGUACAUUGCGUAGUUCAUAGGGAAAGAGAGUUGGAGAGAAGAGGCUAAAGGGUGCUUUGCUGCCUUUGCUGCUGUCGAUCAGGAUAGUUGAGUGGAAGAGCCACUGCUGAAAAGCUCAGCAGCCGGUCUUUUCCUUCCUGCUGGCCUCUCUGUCAUCUGUCCAUGCAGUAAGGGGAGAGAAAAACAGAGCAGGCUAUAGAAGGUUGGCUCAUCAGGACUUGCUGUCUAUGGGCUGUGGUAGUUAUUUUUGAAGGGAGUGUUUGGGGAGGUUCGGGGUGUUAAGGCUGCAGGUGGUGCUAGGGAGUUUGUUUGGCCAUGCAGCAAGCUUGGGAUCGGACAAGUAGCACUGACAGUGUCAAGAGAGGCCAUACAAAAAUGCUGGGAAAAGGACAAAGUGGCGGAUACCACCCCGAGACAACGAGUGAACUCUUGCAGAGCCUCAGUGCAGUGCCUGUGGACAGCGCCAAUAAGAAGAGCCUCCAGGUAGGGGGCCAGCUGCCAGGCGGUGUGCAGGUGGGACCUCAGCAGCAGAACCAGCAGCUCCUCCUGACCCCAGCCAGCCUCCAGCUCGCUCAGCUCCAGGCCCAGCUUACCCUCCAUCGCCUUAAACUGGCUCAGGGGGGCAAUACAGCCACUGCUGCCACUGUUCUCAAUCAGGUUCUUUCCAAUGUUGCCAUGUCCCAACCUCUGUUCAAUCAGCUACGGACUUCAACUAUGGUUGGGAACCCUCAGGGUGCUUUCCCCACGGGGGUGCUAGGUUUUUCCUCCUCCAAUUCAGCCUUGGGGGCCUUGGUGGGUGGUGGAUUCAAUCAAAACCCAGGGAAUGUGAGACUGAACCAUCCUGGUGGAGGGGGCACAGUGGGCCAACAGGGUGCAGAGUAUGGUAAAACCUCAGGAUCAACAUACCCUUGUGAUACUGACAGGCGUGUUCAGUACAACUUAGUUGGGGGGACAUCUGCAGCAUCAGCCACUGCAGGUGAUGGACAGUACACAGUGAUUAACACUCAGGCAAAAAACAUGAACAAUGUUGGUUUUCAGAGAGAUUUCUAUGGGCAUGAUAUGCUGGGGCAACAAUCUGGGUUUAGUGUCAAUGAGCAGAACAUGCAUGUUUAUAACUCCACUGGGCAUAAGGAGCAAUGGAAAGGCCCUGCUAACUUGAGCCACACUGGAAAAGUGGAUAUGGUUUCUAACACUGCAAAUGUGUGGACAGCAGCUGGGCAGCAAAUUCGGCCCAGAACGGAACUGUAUAACCCAGAGGAGCCAACCCCUGAUCCCAAGUUUAAUCCCAGUAGUGGGGUUUCCUCUUUUGCUUCCAGUGGCACACAGGGGUUUGGGGGCUACCAGCCCCUGCAUGGAAGUGAGGAAACCCUAUCUUCAGGCACCAGGACACUUCAGCCUUAUCAAGUCAAUGAUUACCAUGCCGUCACACCAAAUCAACUGCCACACCAGUGUAGCAUCUGUGACAAGAAGGUCUACAACCUCAAAGACUGGGACCAGCACGUGAAGGGAAAACUACACCUGCAGAACCGAACCUUGUACACAAAUGAAAGCUCCGCAGUGGUAUCAGCUGGAGCUGUUCACUACCCUGUCAGUAGGUCUUCUGAUGGAGGUCUAAACCCCGGAGGGACAAACUCCAUGGUCUACUCAGCUGCAAGUCAAGAUGUAUCCUCAGGAGCCAAUACAUCAUACUUGCCAGCUGCAGCCAUGAAGCCUUAUACCCCGUCAGACACAGGAUUUGCCGCACACCAGCCAGAGUCAAAGCCAUUUUCACCCAGAAAGGCCACAGCAGGGCGAGUCAUUCACAUCUGCAACCUCCCUGAAGGCAGCUGCACAGAGAAUGAUGUCAUCAACCUGGGACUACCCUUUGGCAAAGUCACCAACUACAUCCUCAUGCGCUCUACCCAUCAGGCAUUUCUGGAGAUGGCAUAUGUUGAAGCAGCUCAGGCCAUGGUUCAAUACUACCAGCUUACUCCAGCAAUGGUUAACAAUCAGAAACUACUCAUACGAAUGUCUAAGAGGUACAAGGAGCUGCAACUCAAGAAACCAGGUAAAGAUGUUCAAUCGAUCAUCCAGGAUCUCACCUCUCAGAGGGAAAGGGAUGAGAUGCCAGAAGUUGAACACUACAUGCCAGAGAGAGCACGCUCCCGCAGCCCUAUCAGCCACUCUCUGAGUCCUCAUUCCCACAGCCCCAGUUUUACAUCAUGCAGCUCAGCCCACAGCCCCCAGGGGGCACCAUGCAGGGGUCCGGAGAGAGGCAGCAAUGGCUUGGGCCCCCGCCGGGGCUCUUGGGAUUGGUCAUCACACUUACGCAGGGGUGAGGAUGAAAGGGAGAGGGAUGACCCAUGGAGGAAUGAGGGCAACGUGGAUGACGAUCGGCCCAAUGGAAGGGCAGCUGACCGUCGGAAGGCUUACCAGAAACCCUUGGAUCAUAUCAGCUCAAGAUCUGCAGAUGAGCGAGGAGGAGGAGGAGGAGGAGGUGAAGGGAUGAGGGGCAACAGAGACUGGCACCCACGAGGCAGCCCUCAAGGCAUGUCCUUCAACUCUUACAGGAAUAUGGAGGACGAUUUCUACAUGAAGGAACAAAUGUACAAGUCAGACAAGCCGCCCAGACCUCCAUACCAAAGGCAUGAUGCAAAGCCAAAGAGGAGGGAUGGUGGUGACUACCACAGUAGAUCAAGGCAUUCAGAGUUUGAGAUAACUGAGGAGCCACUUCGCAGAACACUAGAAGACAAGAGGCAGGGUUCACCAGGCAGGGGCAGGAGCAAAAAGAUAAGCAGGAGACACACCACUGUGGAAAAACAUGAGAAAGAAAAUGCUACUGAAAAUACCGAUCGCCAGUCAAAAGAAAAAUCUGUUUCACCUCAGCAAAGCAAUAUGCCAAAAGAGGCUACUGAAUGUAGUACAGAAAGAGACACUGUGAAGGAGUGGCGAAGUGGAGAUGACACUGAUGAAGAGUGUUGGUAUCCUAAUAACAUGGAGGAACUGGUCACUGUAGAUGAAGUGGGAGGAGAAGAUGAUUCCAUAAUUGAGCCGGAUCUUCCAGGACUGGAAGAGUAUGUAUCCUGCCCCAAAGAGUCUGCAGAGGAAGAAGCAGCCGAGGAGCAUAUAUUACCACCUACCUCCUCCUCGUCCUUGGAGGUCGGGGAGACGUCCAACGAGAAGUCUAACCAGGAAAAGGAUGCUGGAGGCCUGGCAGAAACAUCUAUAGAUGAGAAACCAGGGAAUGUUUUAACUGCAACCAGUCCUGAAGACCAGACACUCAGUCCAGAGAUUCCUGAGCUCCCAAUCACUAACCUUAGUGACUUCCCCAGUGAGGAGUUCAAGGCUGCACUGGAGGAGACAUGUUUAAUGGAAAAAGUAACCAAAAGUGGACCCCUAGAGGAGCCAAUGGAAAAUCACAUUUGUGUAUCAGAGGACAGCAAAACCCUGGAAGUAGGACAGGUCACAGAAACAAUCAGUAAUGGGGUUCAACACAAGGAUGCUGAUAUGCUUAAAAAAGAGAUUGAGGCCCCCUCGCCGUCUCGUGAGCAAGACAAAGCUGUCAGUGAACACAGCAUCCCUUUGGGUGUUGAGUUUGUUGUGCCGAGGACCGGCUUCUACUGUAAACUCUGCGGACUGUUCUAUAAUAGUGAGGAGACUGCAAAGACCACUCACUGCCGCAGCACCAUACACUACAGGAACCUACAGCACAGCUGAGGCAAGCUGGAGGACCAGAAAUUUAAACGUUUGAUGGAUUACAUUCCAAGAGGAAAAAAACAGUUUGAAACAGUUGUGCUGUCUGUCAAAGCUCUCUGUGUGUAUGUGUUCUGGUGUUUAAUACUUUUAGAUAAUUUUUUGUCCUUUUCUUUUUACCAUAGAUUUCUGUUUAACUCACUCAUUUACGUAGUUUAACUUUAACACAGAGAAGUGCAUAUCUUUUUUAAAUUAUUGUUUACAUUAUUAUCAAUUCAGUUUAAAAUCCAACACAGCAUUAGCCACAGCUUUUAACCAGUCUGUAACUGCUGUAUAAUAAAAAGAAAAGAAAAGCGAAGAGAGAGUGAGUGAGGCUCCCGUUCUCAGAUAUUUGAGUCAAGCUCAACUGAACUGAAGCUAAUUGCUAAUUUUUUAUUCAUAUACCAAAUAUUUGGAUUUUCCGGAUUAUAAUGUGUCACUUCAUUAUUGUAUUUCUGGAAACUUCUUUCAAAAUGGAUUUGGACAAAUAGGGACUGCAGUUCUCGUCACUGACACUUAUGAUCACUCAACUGAAAACCAUUUUCAUAAAAUGUUUAAAUAGCUCUGAAAAAACGUUCAGUAAAAUCCAACAUGCUGGUGGUGGAAAUGAUUGGCCAGCUGGUUGUUUGACUGUAAUGCUGACAUUUAUCAAGAUUCUGCUUUCUUGUCCUGACCUUUCUUGAAAAAGAAACAUUUUAUCUCAGUGGAGCUGCCGCAAAUCAUCGCUAAAGAGGUCUUGGUUGUAGUUUGGAGAAAACACUUUACCAUGUGUUAACAGAAAAGACCUGUGUGCAGUCAGAUUAGUCAUUUUGGAUUGUAAAUCUUUGCUUUUUCUGUUCUUCUACUCGUCCACAGAAAUACCUGUCCCAGCUGGCAGAGGAGAGUCUGUCGGGCAUACUUGCUGAACCCUCAGCUGCACACUGACAUCAGCUUGACCUCUCACGUCUUGUACAGCAAACAGCAGAGGAAAGAUUCUCGUAUGUGUGCUGUGUGUGCAAGGCUAUAGACAACUACAGCAUAGAUAAUGUGACUCAUGGAAGCUAGAGCAUGUAGACAAUUGCACUGCUUUUCUUAUUAUGGGAGAAGGGAUGUGUAGAUGUCUUGAAUGGUACUGACAAUCCCAGCCAUAGAUGAUCUCAAUUGUGUACAAAGCUGAGGUGUAAUGUAUAUGGAGGCUACAAUAUGUAAUUGCAUCUUUGGGGGGUUAUCAAUUAAUUUUCUUACAGUUUACUUCAUUGGACUGUGUGUGAUAAAAAAUGUUUUUGUUAUUUUUUUUGGAAUGGAAAUGUAUUUGCAAUGAUGAUUAUUACUGAAAAGACUAAUUUUUACAGAAUGGGCUUCAUGUUAAUUGUCAUGUUAAAUGUCAAUUUUCUGAGUUUGAAUCAAUUUUAGCAAUGAUACAUUUACAGCUGCAAAAUGACUUGAAAUAUGUGCCAAAGAAUGUUUUUACUCAGUUAAAAAAUUGAGUCAGAUUCUCAGGUUUGUUGUAUUUGUUUAAUAGAUUGCAAUGUUUAGCUUAGUACACAACAUUUCAUUUGUAUUUCAUGUGAGGCUUUUAAUGUUUUCCUUUCAUCUGUCAGGUAAAAAUGUAAAUUACUUGGAUUGAUAAUCAUGCAACUACGCAAAAGGAUAUUUAUUUUCUCAAAGUUUUAUAUUGGAUUGAAUUCAUAAGACAAUCCCACUCAUAUUUGCCGACAUAUGUCGAACGCCUUCAAUAUC